AUGGCGCAGCGCGAGUCCUUGCUCGUGUCGACCGCGCGCCCGCGCGCGUCGCGUCGCCUCGGCGGCGGCGCGACGACGCGGCGGCGCCGCCUCGCGCGCGUCCUCCGCGGCGAGCGCGGCGUUCUCUUCCUCCUCCUUCUCGGCGUGCUCGCGCUCGUCGCGUCGCACCUCGCCGCCGCGAUCCUCCCUCGCGUCCUCGCCGCGUACCGCCCGGGCGUCUGCGUCCCCGGGUCCGGACUCGCGCCGUGCCCGCCCGAGGCGUCGCGCGUUGACGUGGACGUCGUCUCCGUCGCGGCGAAGCCGACGUGCGUGACGCACGUCGCGGUCCUCGCGCUGAACCAGUACGUCAAUCCGCGGCGUAUCGUGUUCGUGACGUCCUCCGCGUCCAAGUGCGCGACGCUGAUCGCGAUGGCGUCGAACGUGGAGUGCGUCGCGGAGGACGACAUCGUGCCGGGGGUGACCAAAGCCUCCGUGCGCGAUGAGCUUCGAAGGCUGCACGGCGACGGCGCGGACGCGGAUAAGCUCGGACGGUCUCGAUCGGGAUGGUACCUCCAGCAGCUCGUCAAGCUCGGCGCCGCGGACGCGAUCGAGGGCCUGAGCGACGUCUUCGCGGUGUGGGACAGCGACAUGAUCCCGCUGUGGCCGACGCGGUUGGUGUCCGAGGGGAGGGUGGGCGCGUCGGGCGCGCGGCGGGUCGUGCGGCAGAUUGGCGGGUACGUCAUCGGAGGGUACGAGAAGAGUUACGAGACGUUGACGGGGGGGGAGACGUUGUCGUACGCGCCGGACGGGAGCGGGUACGUCGCGCAUCACAUGGUCAUGGAGCGACGGUUCGUGAGGGAGCUCCUGGCGACGUUCGAGAGGUCGUUGACGUUGACGACGAAGGCUGUGGGGGGAGGGGGAGGAGGCGGCGGCGGGGGCGGGGGAGGGGGGGAUGGAGAGCGCGGCGGCGGCGGCGGCGGCGGCGGCGGCGGCGGCGGGGGCGGCGGCGGCGGCUUCCCGCGCUGGGCGUCCGCGAUCCUCGCGGCGAUCCCCUCCGACGAUCUCGACUUGGGCUUCAGCGAGUACGCGUCCUACGCGAGCUUCGUGUCGUCUCGGCACCCGGAGACGGUGGAGACGGCGACGUCGCGGACGUGGAGUCGGCACCCGCUGGGUCCGUUCGUCGGGUCGUUCGCGAUUCGCGCGUUUCGGUGGCUCGGCGGAACGGGGUUAUGUUGUCCGACCGCGGGGAUGGUGCGUCUGAUGAAGGUGUUGGGGUAUCAGUACGCCGGGUUCGAGAUCGGGCACGUCGGGUCGUGCGGUCUGAAUGCGCCCGGGCGAGAGGAGAGCUACGGGCUCUGA